UUUGUCCUAUUAAAAAUGGUAAUUGGGUUAUAAUUGACCAGAUUAUUGCAUGUAUCAACUAUGUUAUUCCCUAUGUACCAUUUUAAGUGGUGUUUAAGUUUUUUACACAAAAAUUAAAAAAUACAAAUUUCUAUGCAAUUUAUUUUGGUUACAUAAAAUUGCAUUAAAUAAAAUCAGUCUAACCAAUAAGAAAAACAUGUAGUAUUUUGUAAAUGGUUACAAAUUUCAAUUGACAUUAAAUUUUAUUUAGAAAUGUGAGAACAUCACUUAUUAUGAAACAAAAUAAAAAUGCUUAAACACCACUUAAAAUGGUACGGAGGGAGUAUAACUUAACGAUUUUCGUUAAACCAACUUUUGACAUAUUUUAAAUAUUAAAAGUGGAUAACUUCAUUAAUAAAAUAAAUACAUCACAAGCAACAAUAUCCAUAAAUAUAUUAUUUGAAUAUCAAAUAUUUAAAAUAUAAAUUAAGUAUUGGAUAAAUAAAUUAUAUAUAAUAAAAUAUAUUUUUUGUAUAACAAAAUAAUUUCAAAUAAUUAACAGCGGGGCUUAAGUUAUGUCUCUGAAAAAAUAUUUAAAUGAAUUAUAAUUUCAAAAUGUGUAAUAUUUUAUCUAAAUAUUAAAAUUUUAAAAUAAUUUUAAUAUAUAACUUAAUUUUGAUAUAAUUAUAAGAUAAGUAUAUCUUAUUGUAUAAUACACGUAAUUUCAAUUUAUUAAUAGCAGGUUUAAAUUAGAUCUUUAUUAGUAUUAAUAACACGAGUUAUAGUUACAUAAAUUAUAAUUUCAAGAUCUAAAUUUACAACAUUAUUUUUAACAUAUAUUUUUAUCCGUUGGUCCUAAUCUAGUUAUAUAUUACCUUGGAUUCCUUGCAUCCUUCUCUCACUCAAACAAUGGCAGCAAUGAUAGUUGACUUUCAAAACUGCUCCAUCUUCAUCCUCCUCUGCUUCUUCUCAUUUCUCUGUUACUCCGUCUUCUUCUUCUUCAAGAAGACAAAUGACUUGGGUCCGAGCCCUCCCUCUUUGCCGAUCAUCGGCCAUCUUCACCAUUUUCUCUCAGUUCUACCCCACAAGGCUUUUCAGAAAAUCUCGACCAAGUAUGGACCUCUCCUCCAUCUCCACAUUUUCAGUUUUCCCAUAGUCCUUGUUUCUUCUCCCACAAUGGCCCACGAGAUAUUCACGACACACGACUUAAACAUCUCGUCUCGCAACACACCUGCCAUCGACGAGUCUCUCCUGUUUGGACCUUCCGGCUUCACGGUAGCUCCUUAUGGAGACUACGUUAAGUUCAUAAAGAAGCUUCUUGCGACGAAGCUUCUUCGACCGCGGGCAAUCGAGAAGUCACGAGGUGUCCGUGCAGAGGAGCUAAAGCAAUUUUAUCUUAAACUUCACGAUAAGGCGUUGAAGAAAGAAAGCAUUGAGAUUGGUAAGGAAACGAUGAAGUUCACUAACAACAUGAUCUGCAGGAUGAGCAUUGGGAGGAGUUUUUCAGAGGAGAACGGUGAGGUAGAGACUCUGAGGGAAUUGAUUAUCAAAUCGUUUGCCUUAUCGAAGCAGAUUCUGUUUGUAAACGUAUUACGUAGGCCACUGGAGAUGCUUGGACUAAUGUCACUGUUUAAGAAAGAUAUAAUGGAUGUUUCAAGAGGGUUUGAUGAGUUGUUGGAGAGGGUUCUUGCGGAGCAUGAAGAGAAACGGGAGGAGGAUCAAGAUAUGGACAUGAUGGAUUUGCUGUUGGAAGCUUGUACAGACGAAAACGCAGAGUAUAAAAUCACUAGGAACCAGAUCAAAUCAUUGUUCGUGGAAAUUUUUUUGGGAGGCACAGACACCUCGGCACACACAACGCAGUGGACAAUGGCGGAGCUCGUUAACAACCUAAACAUUCUUGGGAGAUUAAGAGACGAAAUUGAUCUCGUUGUAGGGAAAGAAAGAUUGAUUCAAGAAACAGAUCUACCAAACCUCCCUUAUUUGCAAGCAGUGGUUAAGGAAGGGCUACGCUUGCACCCACCGGCACCUUUACUGGUUAGAAUGUUCGACAAAAAAUGUGUGAUCAAAGAUUUCUUCAAAGUACCGGAAAAAACAACACUUGUUGUUAAUGUUUAUGGUGUGAUGAGGGAUCCAGAUUCUUGGGAAGAUCCUAAUGAGUUCAAGCCAGAGAGGUUUCUAACUUCAAAGCAAGAAGAAGAGAAAGUAUUAAAGUACCUUCCUUUUGCAGCUGGAAGAAGGGGAUGUCCUGCAACAAAUGUAGGCUAUAUCUUUGUAGGAAUCUCAAUUGGAAUGAUGGUGCAGUGCUUUGACUGGAGUAUCAAAGAUAAGGUUAGUAUGAAAGAGGUCUAUGCAGGAAUGAGUCUUUCCAUGGCUCAUCCCCCAAAGUGCACUCCAGUUUCUCGACUCAGCCUUUAAUGUGCAGAGCCCGAGCUUAUGAUCUCGAAGAUCGGGCUAUGGUUCAUCUUCUUCACUACAUUACUGUUCUUUAUAUCAUGUUUGCCGUUUGUAUUUGAAAGUCGAACAUCCAAAAUAAAUAGAUUUUCGUUCUUUUUUUUCUUAAAAAACAUCCAAAUAGACAUUUGCCAAUUAGUUAUUAUCAGAGCACAUAUCUCCGACCAGAGUAUUGUUCCUGUUCUAUAUAUAAUUUUUUUUCUUUGUUCUUUAUCAUAAACUAGAGAUUGGUCCGUGUUUCGCUCGAAAAGUCGAUCUUCAUUAGUUUAAAAAGUUUUUUUUCAUGUUAUGUUCUUCAUAUUUUAAUUUUGUGGUUGUCUUCUUUAUUUUUAUCGUCAAUUUUCAUUCAACUUCUUUAUCGUAAGAAGUUUUAGUCUGCGUCACACUGAGAUUGGGUAAAUUUCCUAAUAUAAUUGUUAAGAUGAUUUUGAAUGAGUCUGUGUGUUUUUGUUAUAGCAGUGUAAAUUUUUAAUCUAUUUACUUUAUUUUAAGUCAUCUAAUUUUAUUAUGUGUUUAAAGGAAUAGAUCUUAAAGCAUAGAGAUUAGACUCUUACAAUCGGUGCCAAAAAUCUGACAUGUCUAUAGCAGAAUGGGAUCCAAGCUAACUACUUGUAUCAUUGGUUCAUUUCAUAAAUGAUAUUCACAUUCUUAGCACAAAAAAAAAUUUGACACGUCGAAAGUUGUAGAUGCAUUCCGUAGGCUAAAUAAGUUUUAUAUUUAUUUUGAUACAAUGAUUUUACCUCUCUUUAUUUUAAUAUAAAUAGUUUUAUUUAUUACAUGUUUGUAAAUUUUUUUAUUUAUACGAAAUCAUGUCUUCUGUAAAUGUUUUGGGACAAUUGUGAAUAUUAUAUUGAUGUCUAAAUUCACUUUGACUUA